CCUGCCGAGACGGGAAGACGUAAACAAGCUGGGAUCCCGCGGUGGAUUUGUCUCCGAGCCAACAAACGCCUUUCGCUGUGCCGUGUCUUCAUGACUCGCUCACCACACUCGUACAUUUCACCACUCGAGAACAGUAUGGCAUCUGGAGUGGCAGGGUCUGAUAGCAUACCUUCGCUACUCCGUCUGCCCGCUGAGUUGCGCGACGAGAUCUACCGCCUAGCGACUCCGCUGGCGCCAGACGCCUGGGAAUUCACCUUCACAUCCGCAAAUCGUCCCUCUGAACCCCCUCUCCUCUUCGUAAAUCGUCAAAUCCGAGCAGAAGCCUCAUCGGUCUACUACAAACAGAAUAAAUUCAUAUUCGAGAUACAGAACUUGGAUGCAAGCACAUACAUUGCCUGGUGCCAAGCCUCGCUCUCCCGGCGCCUCAUAGCCAACGUAAGAUUAAACCUCAUAUAUGAACCACUUCUCCAGAUCCCCGAAGAUUUUCGAGAUCCGCAUUCUGGUCCAGGACAGAGAAUUUUCGUGCCCAAGGAAAGGCAACUUUGGCCAAAUCUGAUGUUCUGGUUGGAGAAAUAUUAUCAUCGGAAGUGUCUUGGGCUUCCGAACGUGGAGAAGGAGUAUCCCGCAGCCUUUUCGAAUACUGCUGCGGCGAUGUUUGAUAUGGUUUGUAGGAUGGGACGAGACCAUAAUAUGUCGUGGGAACAAGUGGAGGAUGUCUUGAAGCCUAUGCAGAAGGCGCUUGGAAGUGCUAAUUCGGCGUGGCUUGGGUUCAUCAAGUACGAUUGAAGUAGAGAGUCUCCUCCCUGGGACUAUAAUGAACAACAUCUUCACGUCCUGCUCCAUUUUACAUCACGCCUCUCAUCAUGCUCUGGCUGUUUGCGGUCUUGAGCCCGGCGUGGAGAGCUAUGACGACUUUUGCAGGGGUAGGCGGGCAGAGCUCCACGGCACCUUGCUGCGAACGCGA